GAUAUUUCAAUCAAAGGAAGAAAUAGCUCUCCUAAGAUGGAAUCUGUUGUUUGGGAAUGUGGUUGAUCAACUUGAUAUGUUGGCCAAACGUGCCCUAUGUAAUAAAAUGAAGAGAAGAGACAAGAUGAUGUCAUUUUCUCGUAUUGUGAAACCAAAAACAAAUGCCUUUUGUGAGACCAAGCUAACAAACCUCUGACGGUGCAAAGAGUAUUUACCUGUUUGAAGAACUUAACAGUAAGAUAUAGAAGAAAUACUUCUUCAAGCUGAGACCUACAGGUAUCUAAAGAUCUUAAAUAUUGAAUAGGCCUGAUCAUCCGAAUCUCAUUCAGAUCCAAGAAGGAUGGCUAUGAGUUGGAUUGUCUUCUAUCUUUGGCCCUUGACUAUGUUUGCGGAGCAUAUAGGUGGGCACAGUUUGUUUUCUUGUGAACCUAUUACCUUGAGGAUGUGCCAAGAUUUGCCUUAUAAUACUACCUUCAUGCCUAAUCUUCUGAAUCAUUAUGACCAACAGACAGCAGCUUUAGCAAUGGAGCCAUUCCACCCUAUGGUGAAUCUGGAUUGUUCUCAGGAUUUCCGGCCAUUUCUUUGUGCACUCUAUGCUCCUAUUUGUAUGGAGUAUGGACGUGUCACACUUCCCUGUCGUAGGCUGUGUCAGCGGGCUUACAGCGAAUGUUCAAAGCUCAUGGAGAUGUUUGGUGUUCCUUGGCCCGAAGAUAUGGAAUGCAGUAGGUUCCCAGAUUGUGAUGAGCCAUACCCUCGACUUGUGGAUCUGAAUUUAGCUGGAGAUCCUACUGAAGGAGCCCCAGUGGCAGUGCAGAGGGACUAUGGUUUUUGGUGUCCCCGAGAGUUGAAAAUUGAUCCUGAUCUUGGUUAUUCCUUUUUGCACGUGCGUGAUUGUUCACCUCCUUGUCCAAACAUGUACUUUAGGAGAGAAGAACUUUCAUUUGCUCGCUAUUUCAUAGGAUUGAUUUCAAUCAUUUGCCUCUCUGCCACGUUGUUUACUUUUUUAACUUUUUUGAUUGAUGUCACAAGAUUCCGUUAUCCUGAAAGACCUAUUAUAUUUUAUGCAGUCUGCUACAUGAUGGUAUCAUUAAUUUUCUUCAUUGGGUUUUUGCUUGAGGACCGAGUAGCCUGCAAUGCAUCUAACUCAGCACAGUAUAAGGCUUCCACAGUGACACAAGGAUCUCAUAAUAAAGCCUGUACCAUGCUUUUUAUGGUACUCUAUUUUUUUACUAUGGCUGGCAGCGUUUGGUGGGUAAUUCUUACCAUCACAUGGUUCUUGGCAGCUGUGCCAAAGUGGGGUAGUGAAGCUAUUGAGAAGAAAGCAUUGCUGUUUCAUGCCAGUGCAUGGGGCAUCCCUGGAACUCUAACUAUCAUCCUUUUAGCGAUGAAUAAAAUUGAAGGUGACAAUAUUAGUGGCGUGUGUUUUGUUGGCCUCUACGAUGUUGAUGCAUUAAGAUAUUUUGUUCUUGCACCCCUCUGCCUGUAUGUGGUAGUUGGGGUUUCACUCCUCUUAGCCGGCAUUAUAUCCCUAAACAGAGUUCGAAUUGAGAUUCCAUUAGAAAAGGAGAACCAAGAUAAAUUGGUGAAGUUUAUGAUCCGGAUUGGUGUUUUCAGCAUUCUUUAUCUCGUACCACUCUUGGUAGUAAUUGGAUGCUACUUUUAUGAACAAGCUUACCGUGGCAUCUGGGAAACAACAUGGAUACAAGAACGCUGCAGAGAAUAUCACAUUCCAUGUCCAUAUCAGGUCACUCACAUGAGUCGUCCAGAUCUGAUUCUCUUUCUGAUGAAAUACCUGAUGGCUCUCAUAGUUGGUAUUCCCUCCAUUUUUUGGGUUGGAAGCAAAAAGACAUGCUUUGAAUGGGCCAGUUUUUUUCAUGGUCGUAGGAAAAAAGAGAUAGUGAAUGAGAGCCGACAGGUACUCCAAGAACCUGAUUUUGCUCAGUCCCUCCUGAGGGAUCCAAAUACUCCUAUUAUAAGAAAAUCAAGAGGAACUUCUACUCAAGGAACAUCCACACAUGCUUCUUCAACUCAGCUGGCUAUGGUGGAUGAUCAGAGAAGCAAAGCAGGGAGUGUCCAUAGCAAAGUGAGCAGCUACCAUGGCAGCCUCCACAGGUCCCGUGAUGGCAGGUACACUCCCUGCAGUUACAGAGGAAUGGAAGAGAGACUACCUCAUGGCAGCAUGUCACGACUAACAGAUCACUCCAGGCACAGUAGUUCUCAUCGGCUCAAUGAACAGUCACGACAUAGCAGCAUCCGAGAUCUCAGUAAUAAUCCUAUGACUCACAUCACACAUGGCACCAGCAUGAAUCGGGUAAUUGAAGAAGAUGGAACUAGUGCUUAAAUUGUCCUAAGGUGGAAAAUUUGUGCCGUUUAAAAGAUGUUAUUCUUUGCCUUUGCAUGACUGAUUGCUGUAACUCACUGUUAUGCGUUCAGUCAGGUACAGAUUGUAUCCAUUGGAAAAGUAAAUUUUUGCUUUUUUUAUCGUGUCAAACUUGGAACAACAAGGCGUCCAAAAUGUAAGAAUUUUAUCGUCACAUAAAUAGUUCUUAUUCCUAGGUUAUGAAGAGAUAAUUAUUUGUCUGGUAAGCAUUUUUAUAAACCCAAUUAUUUUAUAUUUAGAAAAAUCCUAAAUGUGUAGUCACUGCUUUGUAGUAAAUUUUCAUAUAAUAUCAACUAGUCAUGAGAUAACAUUCUGUUGUUCUGUUAAUAAAACAAUAUUUCAGAAUUAAAGAGAUUUUCUAUGCAAGGUUUAUUUCUCAGAUGAAUAGUAGGACUUUGUAGUUUUAUUUCCACUAAGUGAAAAAGAACUGUGUUUUUAAAUUGUAGGAGAAUUUGAUAAAUCAUCAAGGGUAUUUUAGCUAAUAGAAUAUAAUAUUAACAGAAUAAUCUGAUUAGUCUACUGAAGGUUCUUUCAAAAUUCUAUCAAAAUAAACUUCAUCCAGAGAGAUACAGGAUCUGGAGGGCAAUGGGCAUUUUUUUCCCUAUAAUUGAGCUGUUUUUAUUACUUUUGUAAAUAUUACAUAUAGUGGCAGUGUUUUUAUAACUUAUCCAUAUGCAUGAUGGAAGAAUAAUUUGUAGCCAUCUUUUCCCAUGCAGAGGUAUUGAUUUCAGAGAGAACUUUUUGUUCAGAUCUGUUCCUUGGAGGUAUGUAAUAAGAUGGGCAUCACACCUUAUAAAGUUUUUUGUUUGUUUGUUUGUUUUUUUGUGGUAGCCACAAUUACAAAAUGGCAAAAUGUUUUCUCUGUAUUCAUUGUUGUACUUUUCUACAGUGAGAUGUGAUCUUGCGAAAGCCACCAGAUCUUGGUAUCCAGGCUGCUUCUAUCUCAGUGAGUUGACUGCACUUGCAUUGCCCAGUAGCAAACAGGCUACAGCUUUCGCCCCCCACUCUUAUUUUCAAAUUCCUCAUUGUUCUUGUUUACAGCUGAAGUAUAUAUAAACCUAAGUCCAAAGUGAUGAUUUAUUUGGGGUAUCUGAAAAUCAUUGUAGCUAAAUGAAGCAUGAUUAGUCUUGCUGUGAAGUAUCUUUUAAUCUUAAAAAUAUCAACUCAAAAAUGUUUGACAUUUUGUCUUGUGAUGUUUAAAUAAUUUGCAAUAAAAACGCUGAACUUUAUCAGGCAUGAAAUUUAUCAGAAUGGAAAGAAAAAUUCUAGAAAAUACUGGAUGUGUUAUAUAGAAAAGCAUAUUUAAACAAGCAGUCCACAACCCUGACUACAGAUAAGAAUCACUUGGGGAACCUCUGAUGCCCAACACUUUCCUCUCAUUCAGAUGAGAAUUGAUACUCUUCAAAAAAGCUUUUCAGUUAGUUCUGAUCUGCAUCCAGGCUGCAGGCUGUUUUAAACUAAACUACCCCUGAUGAUGAUCUGAUGGCAUCAUACUAUAUCAUGUGAAAAUCUAGUUGGAUUCCAUCUUAUGCUUUUAUAUCAUUACCUGAUAUAUAAUUGUUCUCUAUUUUCCAUUAUAUAAUGUGGAAUUCUGGGCUCCACUCCUAAAGAUUCUUAUUCAGUAACUCAGAGGUGGUAGGACUUUAAAAUCUGUAGUUAUAAAAAUACCACAGGUGAUUCUUAUGCAGGUCAUCCAAGAAUCACACCUUAAAAAAUAUUCUGUACUCCAGAGAGGACUGGUUUUGUCAUAUGCUAGCUUUUGAUCUUUAACAAGUCAACUUCUCUGAGCUCUGAGCUUCCGUUCCCUUGUUUGUAAAUGAAGACAGAAGAUAAAUACCUACCUCACAGAGUUGUCAAAUAGGGAUCAAAUGAAAAAUCAUAUGAAAGUGCUUUGAAAACUAAAGCAUGAAGUAUAAGGGAGUAAGAUUAUUGAGGAUUUAAGAGAUUUGCUCGAGAGCUAUUUUACAUUCCUUGCCAUGUGUUUAAUUCAUGUGUACUUUUACUCUUUUUUUAAAAACAAAAAGUACCAAAAAAUUAGGUGUUAAAAAAGAAGCUUUUAUCAGGACAGAGGUCAGGUUUUUGCUAAAAAUAAUUUGUAUGUCAUGUUGUUUCUUUCAGAGUACAUAUAUCUUAAUAUUUAUUAUUACUAAUUCUUCAUAAGAUAUAUUUGAACAUUUGGCCCCAAAAGUUUUUUUUUUCCCUCUGUCUUCAUUCUUUCCCAUUGGAACUGGAGUGUUCAAAACAGGCAGAAUUGGAAUUCCCUGUAACUGACAUUUAGUAAACCUUUUCUCUGAAGGCCAAACUUAUAAUAGCUCAUUUAUAAGUAAAUUAGUAAUUCCUGAGGCUUUUGUCUGAGAAUCUCUCCUGAAAACAGCCUGAGAGAGGACUAACACAAACAUUUUAACAAAAAUAAGAAGUUAAAAUAGAAGGUACCAGUUUGAGCUCAAAGAUGUUGUUAGUCAUUGCCAUCUGCAUUAUAUUAUCAAUUGCCAAGAUGUUAAUUGGUUUUCUUGUACAAGUGGCCAAGUAUAGACAGUUAAGUGAACAGCACUAUGAAAAUCCUAACUUUAUACUUCCUGAUUUUUACAUAUUCAUUUGUAGCUUUUAUGUUAAACUGUUGAUACAUCGUAAGUGCUAUAUUGACAUUUCAGUUACAUUCAGUAUCUUAAUUUUGCUACACAAAAUUUACUUAAUCUAUUGUUUUGAAUAACAUUAUUUAGUUUGGGCCAUGUUAUUUAUCAAACUAGUGCUCCAAAUUAAGAAUUUUUUAAAAGAGACAGUUGAACUAUAGCAAAACAAAUUUUAGACAGCUUUCUUACCAUAUGUUUAAUUUGUGUUGUGAUUGGCAUAUGAUAAUGUUUAGUGUUUUAUUUGUUCAGUUGACAACUGAGAAAAUAAUAGUGCUCUCUGAAAUGUUACUAUAUAAUCAAAAGUUUUUUGAAAAAUACUUUGAUUUCACCAAUAUUGUAUUUAAUUUAUUCAGUAAUUAAACGAUCCAAGACAAUAUUAAGUUCCAAACAAUAACUAGCUUCAAAGAACAAUUGAUUAAAUAACUCAACAACUAGCACAGGGCUUAGUAGAUAGUAAAUUUUUCAGUAAAUAAACAAAUGAAUAAUAACUCAUGUCAUGCAACUCACUUUUACACUAGUGAGAGUCUCACUUCAAAGAAAUUUGAAGGAUCUGAAUUUAAACUAAGUAAAAGUUUGCUUUACCAAAAUAACAUGCGUCAAGUAAUAAGAAACAAGUAAAUUGUACCAAAUGAAGCUUAUUUCUUCUGUAGUAAUAGUUCAUAUUACUACUUAAAGAAAUAUAGAUACAAAGUUGUACCUACACUUUGUAUUAAUUUUUAAAGUUGAAAGCUAUUUUAGAAUAGCUUGGUUUUAUGUGAAGUUAGAUCUUUGUUUAUUAGUUGAGUGAAUAAAUAAUCAAGCAAACCUUUAUUAGUAAUGAUUUUCUUUUUCUGCUGCUUCCUAGAGCAGAUUUAAAAAAUUCUAAAAAUCUCUUCAAAUUAGAAAAUUUUACUACAUUUUAACCUACCUCAUUAGUUUUUUUUUUUUUAAUGAUAGCUGAAAAUAACCGAAAUUGUAACUAUCUUGGUUUAGGUUAUAUCCCCAUGAAAUAAAAGGAACUACUUAAAUUUUUUUGAUAAAAUAGUGGAUUAUUGGACUGAAGCUUAGGAAACAAUAUACCAAAAUUUCAUAUGAUAUUUAUACUGCUUUUGACAUGCCAAAGGUACAUUCAUAUAUUAUACUUGGAUGACUUCCAUAGUCUAGUGUAAUGAAAAUUACACUGGGCUUGGAAUUCAAAGACCCAUUAUGAUGUAAAGUGGACAAGUUAUUUAACUUCUCUUAGUGUCAAUUUCUUCAGUGUAAAAUAAAGAUAAGGUAAUAUAUGGCCCCAACUUACAUCACAGGAUGUUGUGAGGAUCAAAUGACGUAUCAUGUAUUAAAGUGCUCUGUAAUCUGUAAAUUACUUACAUGUUUCUGUUAGAAUUUGGGGGUUAUAGAAAACAAGGAUUGGUCUUCAGUGGUAUAUAGCAAUCACAACAAAAUCGGCAAUUAGAACAGUAUUCAUUUGGUACAAUUUUUAAAUCAACAAUCCAAUUAUUUUUUAAAAAUGAGUGGCUAUGCCCUUAAAUUGUGUUGACUCUUUAAUAUAUGUUAUAUCACAGUGUGCUCUCAAAUUUUAUAGUUGAAUUUGUAGGUCACUUUCAACAAAAGUUGAGGAUCUCCAUUAUAUGUUAUGUUUGAUAUGGAAUUAUAUAAAGUAGCUUGACCACUGAAAUUUUUAAGAAAAAUAUAGAGUAGUGUAGGCCUUAUAAUUUUUUUUUUCCUUUGAGAACUUUCAUGCGCCUAAUUCUUUAUAAGAACAAGUUUUAAAAAUGUGAUUACUGUAACUUGUUGGUUUUCACCAGUACAAAACUUUAAAUUUAAGUCAUAACAUUAUCUUAAUUGUUUGUAUAUUUGUAUGUAUAAUUUUUAAACCCACAUAAAAGUAAGGAUUUCUCCAUUCUCCCCCUCCCCCCCACAUAAAAAUACAGAAAAGAGCAUCUUUACAGAACCAGGACUUAGAAAGGAACUCAUCAUUCUUUUAAACUUCUUUUAUCCCUUCUUAAAACUGAUUAAAAUAAUAAAAAUGUUUACAUUUAAUUCAGCUAUGUUUCCUAGUAUAAUUUUAUACAUUAUUCUUAUAUCAUUUUAUAUGAAAAAAAUUAUAUUGACAUCUCUUCCCUUUUUGGUCCAGUUACAUGAGUUUUGGGAAAGGAAUAGGAAGUCUAAGCAUCCUUUACCUUCCAGCUGAUAAGAGUCAGUUGCCUAGGGAUUUUUCUAACUUAAUUUUAAUCUUAUUUUAUUUAAUCUUAUCUUAAUUUGUUCUUAUUUUAUUAGCCACUUUCACCAGUUUUACUUGAUAGAAAAACAAGAUUUUUUGCCUUGUAAUUUGGAAUUUGAAGAUUCAGUGUUCUAUUAUUUUGGCAAUUAUCAUUCACUAGUAAUAUUAGUAUUUAUAAGACAGUGAUAUUUUUCAAGCUUGUUAUUUUAUCAUAUCUCCUGAAGUAGGGUGAAUUACAUUAUUAUUAUUAUUAUCAUCAUCAUCAUCAUCAUCAUCCUGGGUUUUUUGUUAUAUGUCACCUUGUUUAUAUUGUUAAUUUACAAAUAUUUCUUUGUGUUGUGCUUAUUGGCUUAAACAAAAAAACAUUAGAGCUAGAUAAUUUUUGUUUUCCAAAUUGGCAGAUUUUUUACUAUUUAGUAAAAAUGCAUUAUGUUAUUUUUAAAGGCAAGAGACCCGAUUUCUAGUCUUGUCCCUUUUUUCAAUGAGCUCUAUAACUUUGGGAUUUUACCUGUUGGAACCUCGGUUUUCUCAUCUGUAAAAGAAAGAAACAAGGGCAUUAGAUUAGUUAGUGUCUCAAAUUCCACCUGUCUCUACUUUGGUUGUCCCUUGACCAUUUUAUAAUCAUUCUGGGCUUACUUUUAUUCUUGUUAUUCUUCCCAUGAACUGUAUUUUCUAGAUCAACUUGUACUGUUAAUGCAAUUUAUCCUUAAGUUGAUAGGAUUCAGAUAUGUUAUUAACUUUGUUUUCCAUUCAUGAUUUUUAAGUAAUUUUAAAGGAGGAAAAUUUUAUUACAGAUAAUAAAAGUGAAAGAAAGGUUACAUAUAGUUGAUAGGACUUUUUUUUUUUUAUCAUGGAAAAAGUCUCCUAAAGCACCAACAUAAGCACCUUUCUUUCACUUUUAUUUCUGUAAUUUAAUUUAUAUACAGAAUAAAGUGACAUGAAAUUUUAUGGUCUUUGUUCUCUUAAAUAUGAAGAUAGCUAGUUAGUCUAAACUUUAAAUAAACUGUAUUCAAGAUAAAAUUAGUAAAUAAAGCAGUGAUAGCACUAGCCCAUGUAGCUAAUUAGAAAACUAUCAGGUUUUACUGACAUUAAAAUAAUUAUAAAACGUAAAAACAGUUUUAGAGGAGUGUAUUGAAAUUUUUCUGUUCAAUAAUUAUUCUUAAGCUGUAGUCUUAGAUUCAUUGAAUAAAUAUAGUUGCCAGAUUGCCAUGGACAAGUGUAUGUCCUGCUUUAAGAUAUUAGAGAUAAUGUGGUUUGUUAUUUUUAAUUUUUUUCUGGCUGUGCAGAAGAUGUUUCCAUAACGCCUUUUUAACUGUCUAUUAAAAUGUAGUAAGUAAUUCCAUUAGUUUCAUCUUUCAACUGCGUUCUCGUAGAUUUUGUAUUUUCUGAGAACCAGGCCAAGGAAGUUCCUGUUACUUUUAAAGAUCACUGUCUUUGCCCUAAGUGUCUGCAUUAGCUCAUAUCAAUCUCUUGAACACUUUACUCUGUAGAUUUGCAAUCUGGGUAUUGGGUUUGUGGUCUGAUGAGUAGAGAAGAAUAAUGGAAAGUUGAUAUAGGAAAGUGAAUUUGUUUGUGGUGUGAUUUCUUUGACUAUACUGGAUUCCUUGUCUUUGGCCAGUUCACUGAAUCAGGCAACUCUCCUGCAUUCCAGAAAUUAAAUUAGAUGCCCAGAUUCUCUCAUUCAGACACACCUAUAUUACAGUGUUAUUCCGAUUGCCUGUUAAAAAAUAGUCUUUAUUUUCAGCUCUCUGUCUCUGCAUGUUUUAUUACAUUUAUUAAACUUGACUUUUAUGUCCAAACAUUUCUUUGAAUAUUUUCUGGGUGUCGAUAAUGGGAUAUUCUAUAAGAUAAAGCAGAUAAUCCCAGAGUGAUUUAAUUUGUAUUCUCCAUCCACAAAUUUUUCUAUUUCUCUAACUACUUCUCUCCUCCCCAGUUUUGAAAAGGAAGUUUAUAAAUGUCUUCCCUUAUUCCCUUAGGCCUCAGAUAAUUUUCCCCUGAACUACUCUUGUCAGCAAAAACAUUUAACAUGGAAUGAUUCUAUAUUUCUGAGACAAGAUCAACACAGUUGGUUUUUACAUUGAGUUGAAAAUAAUGUAUUUUCUUUAUUAUGGGAACUUAAAAUUUUUUUUUUAAAUCAUAAAAAGGACUCUGGUGUGAAAAUAUUAGUCUGGAAGUUCUCUUGUUAUCAGGCGCUAUUUCUACCUUAGCUAUGAGUUACCAGAGUAAAUUUGAAUUCAUCAUUUAUCUUUUUUUAAUUUAACCUCUCUAGAAUUAUCCAAUUUCAUAUAUCUUAACACCAACUUCAAACCACUUUUCUACUUUUAUUUUCAAAUGCCAAAUUUUAUUUUUGAGAGUUUUAUUUUUUUCAUUGAAGUUUAAAAGUAUUGCAUAUAUGAAGGGUGACCGUAGUUUAGACAUUUACUUUGGCAUGAUUAAGAUAUCACCACCAUCAUCCCUCUUCCCCAGCCCUAAAAAGAAAAGUUCAUUUGACACUCAAAAGCUAUUAAAUUGUCAAAUUCUGUUAAUUGAAAGAGCUAUAGAAGCUGUUUCUUCUAAUUUAUAAUUUUUAAUUAAGAAAAUACUAAUUUUGUUUUAAUUUGGUAGUGAAAUUGGGGGAUUAUUUAUAUAUACUUAUGGGUCUAAUUAAUGAGUUCAUCAGUUAUUUCAUUUUCUGUAAUAUAUAAUUUUUUUGAGCCUUUUUUUGUUUUGUCUUGUUUUCUUAACAUUGUACAGUGUUGUAUAUGUUAGGUUAUCAUUGUCUCAGCAGAAAAUUCCUGUAAAUGAACUGUUCUUUCUGAGAAUCAGGCCAAGGAGAUUCUUACUAUGUGGUCAUAGUUGGAUAAUGUUUUGAACUAUGUGAAAUUGCUGGUUUUGUUGGUCAAAAGUGAUCAAACACUUUUGGCAAUUUCAUAAUGUAUAUUUAAGGGAAAAAAAAACAAAGAUCUUUCUUAAGAGAUAUGUUGGGAAAAAAAAAAGAAAUUGACUACUUAUCCAGCGCUUAUCAACCUAUCAGAGCCUGUA